AUGACGUUCUGGCAACAACGGAGAAUCCCAAUAAACAAGGGAUGGGGACCUUGCAAGCGCACUCAUUGGGUGCCUGUCAACGAGCAUUACUCAGUUCAAGGCCUUGACGGCAUGACUCGAACAUGGGAUUGGAGAGUCGGAAUCGAGCCUGGGGCAUUUGCACCGACAGGAGGCUUUUACACAUCUGGCAAUAUGGGCUAUGGCGGUUUCUUGGAGAGAGGACCAGGCGGGCCUCUCGUGGUUGUGCGAGACAGGGAUCGCGGCCAUGGGUUGAGCAACCGGGCGAUCAACGGGCUUCUAGACGACAUCCUAGCUCGAGAUCCAGACGAUGACCGUCGAGCAGCAUCUGAACGCCGAGAAGACGAGUUCAGAGCCAGAUGGCUGGCCCUGCACAACGAGGGUAAUGCCUGUCGGGACAGAUUUGGUGGCCAUAUCGAGACAUAUGAGUCCAGAACAACUCAGCCAAUCAACGACAGUAGGCUCACAAGUUUGCGGGCUGAGGCAGCGACGUAUGCCGACCGGGGAAAACAAAGAGCCGAGGAACAAGCAAGAAGGGAUAGAGAGCGACUCUGGGAGUUGCGCGAUGCAGACUUGGGCCGGGAAGCGCGCGAAGACCUGGAGGACUACGGAUUUGUUCGCGUGGCGCCGGUUCGAAGACCGAGGUGGUGA